GCUGAGAUCAAGCUGGGCUUAUAAAAACGCAAGAAACCACAGUGUAAACUCUUGAAAGACUAGAUCUACCUGGGAACCUGCUACCUUACUGACAGGAUGAAGGUGAUAAUCUUACUUGUUCAGAUCUUGGCACUUUCAGCUGUCAAGCCAGGCUCAGUUCCUCCAGGAUUUACAGAAGAGAACGUGGCUUUACGCGGCAAGGCCACUCAAUCAGGGCUUCUACCAGGCUUUGAGGUAGUGUUCAGCCUGGCAGCCAAUGCCAUUGAUGGAAACCGAGAUCCUGAUUUCCACCAUGGGUCCUGUGCCCACACCUCAAUCGGCCACAACUCCUGGUGGAGGGUGGACCUGCUGAGGUCCUACUUAAUCACCUCUGUCACCAUCACCAACAGAGGAGACUGCUGUGGAGACAGGAUCAAUGGAACUCAGAUCCUCAUCGGUGACUCCCUGGAGAACAACGGCAUCAAUAAUGCACGGUGCAGCAAGAUUGAAACUAUGAGAGCAGGAGAGACUAAAACCUUUCCCUGUCCCGGGCUAAUGGUGGGACGCUAUGUGACGGUGCAUCUUCCAGGAAAGAACUACCUUCAUCUCUGUGAAGUGGAAGUGAAUGCUUUGCUUCCUCCUGCUAACUUUUGUUCGAAGUCCCCAGAGCCGGAUGGAGUCUGGCCGCGGCUGUGUGCACGUGGGGUUUGUCCUGACAGGCACAAGUGGUGUCAGGAAGUGGAGGAGAACCGUGCGAAGGCUCUGCUUCACAGCACAGGCAUGAAGGUGAUAAUCUUACUUGUUCAGAUCGUGGCACUUUCAGCCGUCAAGUCAUGCUCAGUUCCUCCAGGAUUUACAGAAGAGAACGUGGCUUUACGCGGCAAGGCCACUCAAUCAGGGCUUCUACCAGGCUCUGAGGUAGUGUUCAGCCUGGCAGCCAAUGCCAUUGAUGGAAACCGAGAUCCUGAUUUCCACCAUGGGUCCUGUGCCCACACCUCAAUCGGCCACAACUCCUGGUGGAGGGUGGACCUGCUGAGGUCCUACUUAAUCACCUCCAUCACAAUCACCAACAGAAGAGACUGCUGUGGAGACAGGAUCAAUGGAACUCAGAUCCUCAUCGGUGACUCCCUGGAGAACAACGGCAUCAAUAAUGCACGGUGCAGCAAGAUUGAAACUAUGAGAGCAGGAGAGACUAAAACCUUUCCCUGUCCCGGGCUAAUGGUGGGACGCUAUGUGACGGUGCACCUUCCAGGAAAGAACUACCUUCAUCUCUGUGAAGUGGAAGUGAAUGCUUUGCUUCCUCCUGCUAACUUUUGUGGCUGA